AUGGGAAGGAAAAAGAUAGAAAUUAAGCGGAUCGAUGACGAACGCAAUCGUCAAGUGACAUUCACUAAACGAAAGUUGGGUCUCAUGAAGAAAGCUUACGAAUUGAGCGUACUUUGCGACUGUGAGAUCGCCCUCAUCAUUUUCAACAGUGCCAAACGUCUAUUUCAAUACGCCAGCUCCGACAUUAAUCGGGUUCUCCUUCGUUACACAGAUUAUACUGAACCACACGAGUCAAAAAACAACAAAGAUAUCAUAGAGGUGAGUUAUAUGUUUGCUUACGCGAAAUGCUCGGUUUUUUAUGGUGCUCAGUCAGUCGUAUUUCUUGCUACUCCGGCAUUUGUGCUUUUCACAUUUCAUUUUCAUUCAGAGGAUGUCGAAUUAAUCGUUUGUCCAGUAGGAAAAUUGGCUACUAUGUCUAUUUUCAUAUCUGGAAUGCCACCUAAUCGCAUUUCUUGUCUAUUGAAUUGGUUUGGAGAUGGAAUUUGUGCAUUGCGAUAUCGUUUACUUAUGCUGCUUCAGCCUUAUCUCUGCUUGAAAUUUCCAAUGAUGGCUCCUUCUGACGCUGCAGUUAACCAAGAGGUGAAUGGUCUUAUCGACCGAAGUAUCUUAUGUUCUCUGGUAUUUGCUGAAGUCCAUGUUACUGUCCGCUACGAGGGGAUUCCAAUAAUUCUUAACCAGCCACACAGGCAUUAA